ACCGCGGCAGGCAGUGUCAACAGCGGUCUAUGCUGAUCAUGCAGAAAUAACGCCCAUCCCGUUAACAUUCUGCAACUUUUUGCAUGUUGUUUUGAUGCCUUAAUGGCUUAGUUUUCGCGCAUUUUUCUCUCAUUUCUCUGGACAUUGGUAUUUAAAUUGUGGAUAUGUAGUAUGUGUCGAUAUCGGACUUCAUGAAACUAUGUGAAAUGGGUUUGACGUACUCCACCCAACUAAAAAUCCCAAAACUCGAGGAGUUAAUGCAAGAAACUGGCUUCUCCUCUGCUCACAUUAUUCGUUUGCACGACCGCUUCAAAUAUCUGGAUAGAGAGAAGAAAGGUCACCUCUGUCCUCAGGAUUUUGGAGAGAUAAAGGGACUGGCAAUGAACCCCAUAGGAGACAGAAUAAUAGAUGCUUUCUUUCCCCCGGGGAGGGAAACUGUGGAUUUCCAGACUUUUGUGAGGAUCCUCGCCCAUUUCCGACCUGUGGACAAGAACCGACCCAAAGAGCCCAAUUCGUCUGAACCCAUCAAUAGCAGGAUCAACAAACUUAAAUUCGUCUUUCAGAUGUAUGACCUGGAUAAGGAUGGCAAGAUUUCCAGACAUGAUCUUUUAAAGGUUCUCCGGGGAAUGCUGGAAAUGCAGGUGACAGACGAGCAACUGGACAGCAUAGCGGAGCGCACGAUACAGGAAGCGGAUUUAGACGGAGAUGGCACCAUAUCUUUUGAGGAGUUUCGCAAGUCGCUGGAGAAGGUCAACAUUGAUCACAAGAUGAGCAUUCGCUUCUUGCGCUAAAGCAUCGUGGGAUAGCUUCUCCAGCCUCUAAUUCAUCUCUAUGUUUAUGGAAAUGCAGGGAAAAUCCUUAGAGCACAAUACAGUAUCAUGGAAUCGAUUUUUAAUGCACUGCUAAUCUCUACAUGACCACACACUGACAAAUGUAUUGUAUUUUUACAUUCUGUGUCUUAAUGUUGUUCAUUUUACUAAAUUGCACUGUUUUUAUUUAUUUUCCUAAAUUUGCAGCAGGUUAUUUUUGCAAGGGAAAGACGUAAUGAUUAAAGUACUUAAUUUAAUGUUAUAAUGUCAGGCAGCAUGUGAAAAAUGUCAUGUUUGUUUAAAGUGUGGUGAUCACAUGAUAAGAUUUCUUGCAUUACUGUGAAGGUUAAGUCUUGGGUGUGAAGUAGUGAUGAGUGAAAAUGAUUGAAACUGGAAUUUUAUCAUUGAAAUCUGUUUCUAUUUAUGGUUUUGUUUAUGUAUUGUUGGUUAUGGAAUUGUUUUUUAGAAAAAUAAAAUCUCACAAUACAUUACUUAUGCAUGCUCUAAAAAACUGGCUAUUAGAUGCCUCAAAGGUGCCUUGUAUUAAAUGCUACUGACUCAAUAUAUAAAAAUAUAUUUUAAAAAUGUGAAAUUCCUAGUUGUGGUGUUUAUUAUUGUUUCAUGAGCUGGAAAGCAGUAAUUAGCUUUGAUCAGUAGGUGGCACCAGUGACAUGUUUAAACUUGAAAUGGCCUGUCUGCUUAUAUUAUUUUUUUUACUUAAAGGGGACUUAUCAUCAAAAUCAAACUUUUUCCAUGUCUAAGUGCUAUAAUUGGGUCCCCAGUGCUUUUAUUAAACUAGAAAAUGUGAAAGAGAACAACCCAGUACAUUUUCUGCAAGCAUAUGAAAAAUAGGUUAUUGAAAUUUGGCUCCCCCUGUGAUAUUAUUAGGGGAUAAUACCGCCCCUUAAUCUGCACUAUCCAACCACGGCACUGCCAUUUAGUGCAGAGAUCAGCUCAUUUGCAUUUAAAGGACACACCCAAAAACAGCACAUUUUGCUCAUACCUAUAAAGUGGCAAUUUUAACAUGCUGUAAUAAAUUAUCUAUAUGGUAUUUUUUGCCUAGAACGUCACAUACGUACUCUAGGAACACCAAAGAUUUAUUUGACAUCCUUUAAAAAGACUUGUGAAAUGUCCCCUUUAAAAGCAGAUGAUUCAUUUCAUUGAUACAAAGAUCAAAAGACGUUCAGUAAAUGAUUCAUUGUAUUAAUUUUAUUCUUCAUUGUAUUUGACAUGGACUGUACAAUAUCACACAGCAUUGAAAGUUUUUGGCAUCAGUCCUCAAUGUGCUUUACCCCUUGGCAUACUGGCCCGUAGCAGCCAAUAAAAGGACAAGGCAGUGCCUAAACAAAUCCAAAAAAAUAGAGAAGAUUUCAUAAUAGUACUAUUGUAAAGCUAAAACGUAAAUACAAACGUAUACAAUAAACUAGUAGUUUGUAUGGUACCUGCAAGUGUGAUCGUCAUGGUUAAACGAUAGAGAAGGACAUCUGUGGUGCCUCCUUUUAUGUGGACAGGUAGACCAUUGUCCUCC